AUGCUGCUUGCGGGCUGGCUCGACGGUGCGUGCGAGGGAAAUAUAUUUGCGCUUUGUGAGCUACUCGGCUGUAAUGAUCGCGAAGAGGACGUGCUGCGUGCGCUGCGCGUGGUGUUUGCGAGUGAGAGGCAUAAGACGCUCAUUGACGCUGUGCAAAUUGAUUUAAGCGCUGUGCAGCAUGCUGAUGUUCUGGUGCUAAGGGCAAUGGCUGACACGCAGAGGGGCGAGGCUUUCAUGGAUAAGUUUUUCGCGAACACUAUUGAAUACACGAACGUUAUCCAAUAUUAUUCGGUCGAUGAUUUUGCGUCCAGGCAUUUGCUCGAGCUGUGUAAAAGCGUGGAUAUGGGGGACGAAGCGGGGAGAAAGGCUCUUGAGAAUGUCGUGCGAACGGAUUUUCUGUCGAGCCAUCACGUCAGUGACCAAACCGUUGCUUAUGCUGUCCGAGCCAUGAGACGUGCUAUGUUGGACGAGGAGGCUACGUUACGAAUUUUGCUUGAAAUUGUCCGUCAGGAUAUUCUGGCCGACACUAUUGACGAAAACGAAGAUGGGACCGAUGCAGAGGCGCCUUCUGAUGAAGAUCGCGAGUGGAGAAACCUGAGGGCUCUGAACGUAGUGAAGGAAACACUAAGGAUAUGCAAGCAGGGCGAAUCCAGCGCUGCAGCCUCCAAUUCCCUCUGCAGAAGCCUCAUGGAAGUAGCUGUAGUGCCUCAGUUGCUCUGUGUGAGGGAAGAUAUCCGUCAAAUAGCAUUGGAAUGUCUAGGGCUUUUCUGCCUUCUGGACCGCUCUGGCACUGAAGCGAAGACAAAUAUGCCGCUCUUCAUCCAAGCUAGUAAGACAGAUGUGCCUUCGAUUCAGGAAUUGACUUCGCAGGUCCUCGUCGAUUUUCUCAUGGUUUUCGACUUCUCGACCGAGCAAGCGGAGCGAAAUGGCGACGGUCCAGAUGCGAGCUUUUCUCAUAUGGCCGAGAUGUGCGUUGAUAUGCUGUCAGAAAACCUUACACAUGCGGACGGGUGUAUGCGUUCAAUCGCUGUACAAGGGCUUUCUCGACUUCUAUUCGUGCGUCGAAUAACGCCAAACCCAACACUUCUUUCUCGCAUGCUUAUUGUGCAUCAUAAUCCAACAACAGAGGAUGAUGCUCAACUGCGCCAGUGUUUGUCCGUCUUCUUUCCUGCCUUUGCGAUGUCAGCGCCUGCAAACCGCCUCGGACUCGAAGAUUCGUUCAAACAAACGUGCCGAAUCCUGACCUCGGCACCGUCCACAAGCCCCCUCAGUACCAUCCCAGUCCUUCAAGUUGCACAGUUCAUUGUACAUCUUACAAACGCAACAUCUGCAACGAGAAAGCAAGGCAUGCCAUCUUCAGAUGAUGUCGGACGUUCCGCUGACCAAAUCCAUGAGCGCCUCGCAGAGACGGUGUUGCACGAAAUUAUCGACGCUGUUGAGAGCGAUGAAAUUAAUAUCUGUCGAACCUAUGGCCGCAUCUUGACCGGUUUCCGGUUGACAUGUACGUCCGACAACCAGGGUCAGAUUCAGAUUCUUCGCAAGCUGGCUCAGUCUGCAAUGGAAGAAUCUGAUGACAAGCGCCUCACUUUGGCCUUAAAACGUUUCAGAGAUCGAAUGACUGCAGUUUUAGACAAGGCUCCAGCUGUGGUGGUCCAGGAAAACGAAGCCAACUCGGGAGAGCAACUUAUCGAAGGUGGCGCAGAGGUCUGUUCUCCAGAAAACGUAGAAGCAGAUCAUGAAGACGCUCAUUCUGCAAAAGACGCAGAAGAUGCAGAAGAAGAAGUCCAGGACGAUGCUGACAAAAGGCACCUUUCAGGGGACGCUCACCCCAAUGAGGUCAUUCUGGAAGAGGCUUCCGAGGUCACUGCUCCUUCCGAAGUCACUGCUCUUUCCGAGCAGGGGUCUUCAUUCGAAACAGGAAAGAAAGAUGUCGCAACUCCCUCUCGGCUCUCCCUCGAAUCUCGAAGCAAACCUGUCGAGGAUAGCUCCGAGGCAACACCUCGAAGGCGAAGCACUCGGCUAUCAAAUCUACGUGAUUCGAUCCAUACUUCUCGAACUGACGUGGAUGAACCCAGUGCGGUGUCUGAGGAUGGGUUUGAGACCACCAGCGAGUCAGAGUCACAGUCUGAUUUCGAAGACGAGAAUUAUGACUACAGAAACUUUGACGAGGAGUUGCAGGAUGACUUUGUUGGUGCGAAAGUGGCCUCAAAUCGUGCAAGUCAGAGACGUUCAGGUAGAAGCAGAAAGUCGUUGGCGAGAUAG